AGCCCCUGCCCUCGGUCCAGGGCACAUCUGCCCACCAUGGCCCUGGUGCUGGCGCUCCAGCCGCUGACCCUCCGGCCACUGACCCUCCGGCUGCUGGUGCUCCAGCUGCUGAUCUCCUGGCCUCCGCGUCUCGAAGCCCUGACUCCGUCUGGGGACCCAACCACCCAGGCGCCUCCUUACUCAGUUCCGACAGCCGCCCACCCCAAGCCGUGGCUGGGGGCUCAGCCUGCAGCAGUUGUGACUCCGGGGGUCAACGUGACCUUGAGGUGCCGGGCACCUCAACCCGCCUGGAGAUUUGCACUCCUUAAGCCUGGAGACACUGUCCCGUGGUGUCAGGAGCAGGCCGAGUUCUUCCUGGAGGAGGUGACGCCUGCCCAGGGGGGCAGUUACCGCUGCUGCUACCGCAGGCCGGAGUGGGGACCAGGAGUCUGGUCCCAGCCCAGCGACGCCCUGGAAGUGCUGGUGACAGGCUCACUGCCCAGGCCCUCCCUCAGCGCCUGGCCCAGCUCCGUGGUCCCCGCCGGGAGCAACGUGACCCUGCGGUGCCGGGCUCCCACCAGCGAUGUGUACUUGGUCCUCAGAAAGGGAGAGAUCGUCUUUGAUUUCGCGACAUCCUCGGGUUCUAGAGAGAGCCUGGCCGAAUUCCAGCUCACUGGCCUUACAAGCGCUGAAGCCGGAGAGUACACCUGCCACUACUCCAGGGUGGCAGCCCCGCACAGAGCCUCACCCCGCAGUGACGCCCUCCUGCUGCUGGUCACGGGACUUUCGCAGAAACCGUCCUUACAUGUCCUCCAGCGUCGCCGUGUGCCGGCAGGAGAAAGCGUGACACUGCAGUGCCGGAGAGCAGCCGCCCCGAGCCAGUACGACACGUGCGCCCUGCUGAAGGCGGGGGCCCCCUUGCGGGGCGCGCGGCCCGCCGUGGCCGGGAACUACAGCUGCGUGUUCCACCAGGCGGGGCCUCCCUUCCAGGCCUCGGAGCCCAGUGACCGCCUGGAGAUCCUGGUGACAGGUCCCCUGUCUGGCGAUUACGCCACAGGCAACCUCAUCCGACUGGCGGCGGCGGCCCUGACUGUAGUGAUUAUGGGGGCCUUCCUGGUGGACGCCUACGUAGCCGGGAGGCGGCUCCGAGUGAACCCAGCCCGCCCGGCCCCUCAGGGAGACGCUGAGUGAGACCUGCCGGCCUUCGGGGUGUGCGCCCGGAUCCCCGCCCUCUGAGCCCCAGCAGGACAAGGCCAGGCCCCUCUGCUCCUCACCGGGGACAGAGCACAGGCCUGCACGGCCAACGGCGCGUGGUCACCGUCGUGGGAAGCCGGUCUCUCCCUGUGAUGCGGCCAGCCACCCGACGGCGCCGAGGUCCAGCGUGGGCGGGCCGUUUCCUCCUCGUCGACCUUGGUGUGAUGCGUGCCACCCGAUGGCGCAGUUCCCUCAGGGCACGUGUCGGUCACUUAUUACCGGCUACAUGUGCACACUCACGUGUCCGAGCGUGUCUGGGGACGGCUGGUAAAUCGCCGCUGUUUAGUCUGCUGUUCGUCUUCAUAGCGAGCUGUGGGGAGUGCGGUCUGGGAAGGGCCUGCCCGCAGGCUGCUUGGUGACUGUGCGUCCAUCAGCCGGGCUUUCGAUUUCAACUUCCCAGGUUUUUGCCGUGUGGCAUGUGCACUGGAGAGGGAGGGGAAGUGAGCAAUCGCCCCGGGAGGGAUGGCCACGGCACAGUCCAUUCUCCACUCGGGAUUUUGGGCAUGUGCGCACAUACGCCUGGCCUGAGUACCAAGCCGCCAGGUCUGGGUCUCGAACUGCGGUCGGUCCUGUGGGAACCCAGCACUGCUCCACCUCAGACCCUGUUUUAUACUUUCUUUAUAAAGAAUUGUGUAUUUAAUUUAA